AUGGCCUCGUUCCUUGCACCCACUCAUCUCCUGGUGUACUCGGCUCUCCUUGGCACCCAACUAUACCAAACCUUUGUUAUGACCAAAGUUUCUUACCAAGCUCUGCCUCGAUCGGCUUUCACGACUUUGCAAAAGCGCGCGUUUCCUAUCUACUUUCAGAGCCAAUCGUUGCUUCUCUUCAUGGUCGCCUGCACAGUCCCACCACGAGGCCCCAGCGCGCUCUUGCAGUCGAAGUGGGAGUGGAUCAGCUUUGCGUGCGCUGGUGCAACGGCCGGAUUGAACCUGCUAGUAUAUGGUCCGAAGACCAAAGAUGUGAUGGUGGAAAGGAUCCAUCAAGCGACUCGUGAUGCGAGCUCGAAGCUCGAAGCAGGGACAGUGAGCGAUGGCAUGAAGAAGCUCAAUCGGGCUUUCUCAAGAGCUCACGCGAUGAGCAUCCAUUUCAAUCUUAUCACGAUUGGUGCGACGUUGGUAUAUGGCUGGCGGUUGGCGGGGAAGCUGAACUUUGAGGGGGCGCCGUGA